GAGAGUCAGAGAGUCAGAGAAGCUCCAUCAUGUCACCUUCAACACCAACCAUGUUCUCUGGAGCUCUGCUGCUGCUGGCUGCUGGAUCCUGUGUGAAGGCUGAAACUCUGACACAGCCAGCCUCUGUGACUGUGCAGCCAGGUCAGAGUCUGACCAUCACCUGUCAGGUCUCUUAUUCUGUUAGCAGCUACUGGACAGGCUGGAUCAGACAGCCUGCAGGGAAAGGACUGGAGUGGAUCAUACUUGGACGUGCUGGUCAAACCACAUACUACAAAGACUCAUUGAGGAACAAGUUCAGUAUCAGCUUAGACUCUUCCAGAAACACAGUGACUCUAAACGGACAGAACAUGCAGCCUGAAGACUCUGCUGUGUAUUUCUGUGCCAGAGAGGGCGCCGUGGAGUGGAAUGAUGGUUUUGACUACUGGGGAAAAGGAACAAUGGUCACCGUCACAUCAGCCGCCUCAGUGAAACCAACUGUGUAUCCUCUGAUGCAAUGCGGCUCCGAUUCUGGAGACACCGUCACUCUUGGCUGCCUCGCCACUGGCUUCUCACCCUCUUCAGUGACCUACACAUGGGAAAAAAAUGGAUCCACCAUGACCGACUCCAUUCAGUAUCCUCCAACAAUGAAAGGCAAUGUUUACACCGGAAUCAGUCAAAUCCGAGUGAGCAAACAGGACUGGGAGGCAAGGAAUACCUUCCGAUGUGUCGCAACAAAUGCAGCAGGAACUGGACAGGGAGAAUUCAUCAUGCCACGUCCACGGAUUGUAUCUCCUAACAUCACAUUACAGCCUGUCUGGGAAGGUGAAUUGAAAACCUCAGGAGUCAGACUCAUCUGCACUCUAAGUGGCUUCUUUCCAGAUAAACUGAGUGUGAGCUGGGAAAAGGACAGCCAACCGCUGUCUAUUACACCGAUAGAAAAGAAGCUGCAGACCGUGGAGGGAGUGGACAAAACAUUUAGUCUAACCAGUGAGAUUGAGCCAAAAAGCACAGAGUGGGCCAAAGGCUCAACAUUCACAUGCAAGUCAACUCACAACAGGAUUGAGUUUACAAAGACAACAAGUGUCUGUAAGAUCUAUGGAAGCACCGCUCCUGCCAUUCAUAUACAGACCCCAGGCUUCAGAACAGUGAUGACGAACUCUGAGGUCGAGGCAAUAUGUUCAGUCUACACUGUGUUUGAUGCCACAGUGACUUGGGAGAUGGAUGGGGAACCCAAAACAAGUAAAAAAUUCACAAACGAAAGUCGUAUAAUAAGCACUCUGAAGGUUUCAUCACACAGAUGGCAACAGCUGAAGAAAAUAAAAUGUAAAGCUGAGCACAAGUGCUUCUCACCCAUUGAGAGGACUGUGACUGUUGCCAUGCCUUCAGUUACUGCACCAUCCAUUCAGAUCAGAAGAUCUCUCCCUGAUUUGCUGAAAGGAAACAGUGCUGUGCUGCAGUGUGAUAUCCAACAACUCUCCUCCAGUGAUGUCUAUGUCACCUUCCAGGCCAACAUGAAAGAUAUUUCUGACAAACUGUACGUUGAACUUCCUAAAACUCCAGGCCCUCAUUCCAUCAGUAAAACCUUCCCUGUGCCUGAGAGUCACUGGAACAACCACACGAGCUUCACCUGCAAAGUCAAUCAAGGAUUCGCUCAUCACUUCCAGUCAAACUCUACUGGCAGGAUCUUUGUGGACCCAUCAACAGAGCUCCUUCUGGUCCCCAGUGAAGAGUCAGGCCCACAGAGACUGUUGUGCUCUGGAUGGGGCUUUGACCCUCAAAUCAAAUGGUCUCCAGACUCCCAGGACAAAGCCUCUCCAACCCUUGGCACCAGCAUGGGCGCAGAUGGACGUGUGGCAGUUACCAGUCAACUCCAUGUUUCUCAAACAGAGUGGAAAACUGGAAAGAGCUUCACUUGUGAAGUCUCUGACAAGUCUUUGAAGAAAACUGCCAGAAAGGAAAUCAGCAUCUGUUCAGUUUUUCCUCCCACCCCUCCUCCAGUUCAUCUUGAAACUCCCAGCUUUAAGACAGUCAUGAAUGCAACAUCUAAGGUGAAAGCCACAUGUUUGGUCCCAACUGUUUACAAUGCUAAUGUGACCUGGCUGAUGAACGGGCAAAUCACACACAGUGGCUCAGCGGAGAAAGCUGUUAACAAAACUCAUAUAAUCAGUGUUCUGACUGUUCCAUUAACAAAAUGGAAACAACUCCAGUCUAUAACAUGUAAAGCUGAGCACAAGUGCUUCUCACCCAUUGAGAGGACUGUGACUGUUGCCAUGCCUUCAGUUACUGCACCAUCCAUUCAGAUCAGAAGAUCUCUCCCUGAUUUGCUGAAAGGAAACAGUGCUGUGCUGCAGUGUGAUAUCCAACAACUCUCCUCCAGUGAUGUCUAUGUCACCUUCCAGGCCAACAUGAAAGAUAUUUCUGACAAACUGUACGUUGAACUUCCUAAAACUCCAGGCCCUCAUUCCAUCAGUAAAACCUUCCCUGUGCCUGAGAGUCACUGGAACAACCACACGAGCUUCACCUGCAAAGUCAAUCAAGGAUUCGCUCAUCACUUCCAGUCAAUCUCUACUGGCAGGAUCUUUGUGGACCCAUCAGCAGAGCUCCUUCUGGUCCCCAGUGAAGAGUCAGGCCCACAGAGACUGUUGUGCUCUGGAUGGGGCUUUGACCCUCAAAUCAAAUGGUCUCCAGACUCCCAGCACAAAGCCUCUCCAACCCUUGACACCAGCAUGGGCGCAGAUGGACGUGUGGCAGUUACCAGUCAACUCCAUGUUUCUCAAACAGAGUGGAAAACUGGAAAGAGCUUCACUUGUGAAGUCUCUGACAAGUCUUUGAAGAAAACUGUCAGAAAGGAAAUCAGCAUCUGUUCAGUUACUACAGCAUCAGCUCAGUGGGUCAGUGUCCAGAUUCAGGCACCAUCACCCCAGGAGAUUCAGGACAAGGAACAAGUGACUGUCACCUGUUUUUUGGUUGGCCCUCUUCUAAAAGAUUUUUUUAUCACCUGGAAAGUAAAUGGGAACAAAGAUACUCAUGUCCAUACAGAGUCACCAGUGAGUCACAUCAAUGGAACCGAGACUAUGAGGAGUUUUCUGAACGUGUCAACAGAGGACUGGCACGCUUAUUAUCGAGUGUCAUGUGAGGCAAAACACCUGUGUUCAAAGCAGAGCUACGAGGAUCAUAUAAGCAAAAGCAGAGACCUGAAUCCACCAACUGUGAAGAUUAUACAACCAAGUGCCUCUGAGGCUUCUUCAUCAGAUGUCAUCCAACUAACGUGCCUGGUGUCUGAAUUUUUCCCACCUAACAUCGAUGUGUACUGGGAAGUAAACGGCCAGAGACUCCCCUCAGCUGACUACAGAAACAGUCCUGCAUGGAAGUACGAAGAGAGCAACACUUACUCCAUGAACAGCAGACUAAACGUAACCAAAACUGUGCGCCAGGAGUCUACAUAUUCUUGUGUUGUAAGACACGAGUCAUCUGAAAUGCCUCUUGAAAGCAAUAUAAAAAAUGUUUUUGACGCUUUGGAGAGCUGCGAUUUCUUAGAUGACAUCAUGUAUGCUGGUUGGAACCAAGAUAAAGAUGUGGACAGCUGGUUUAUGACGUUAACAUUCCUCAUUUGUUUUCUCAUCGCCGUUGUCUACGGCGUCUUGGCGACCUUUAUUAAGACUAAAUGAAGAUGAUCUCAGGAAAGAUCCACUUGCAUGAUCCAAAUGUGAACUUCCUGACAAUUCUGGUGGAAUUUUGCCUUUGAAGUGGAACAAGAUAUUUUUCCAUGAUUGCUUUCCAUGGAAUUGGUUCAUGUACUGAUCAUAUGAAAUGAGACAGCAAGUAAAAGCAGAAUUAAGCAUUCAGGUCUGAUUCUGAGACUAUGGCAUGGAAAAAAGCCUCUAUCCUUUCUGCAUUAAGAAAAUAAA